AUGAACGGUACCGCGAUAAGGAACGGUAAUAACAGUUAUCAACAACCACACGUUAAUACUGUUUUUGAAACAGAUACCCUCCAAAAAAAGAAACAAUCAGGAUGGUUCGGAACAAGACAUUUCGUCACAUUUAUGCUCGCCUUGGGCAUGGCAAAUGCUUACGUCAUGAGGACCAACAUGUCCGUAGCUAUAGUAGCUAUGGUGAAUCACACAGCUAUAGCUAUCGAUGAUAGGUCGGAGAGUGAUGACGUCAGCGUGACUGAGUGCGGAGUGCUGAUUAAUCAAACAUUGGAUGAUUCAUCAUCACCAGAAGCGGACGGUGAAUUCAUCUGGCAAACAGACGUCCAAGCUUACGUCUUAUCGGCUUUCUUCUACGGUUACGUCAUCACUCAAAUACCUGCCGGAAUUUUGGGAAAAACUUACGGCAACAUCCGUUUUUUGGGAAUAGGAAUGCUGAUCAAUUCAGUCUUCGGCCUUCUGGUACCCAUAGCAGCUGAAAUGGGUUUGUGGUGGUUGUUGGCCGUCAGAUUUAUCCAAGGAUUAGGAGAGGGUCCAAUCGUCCCGUGCAGCCACGCCUUACUGGCUAAGUGGAUCCCCCCUAAUGAGAGGAGCCGAAUGGGUUCAUUUGUAUACGCAGGAGCUCAACUUGGUACAGUAAUUUCCCUACCUCUGAGUGGUCUACUAUCAGUUUCCGAAUGGCGCUGGCCCGGUGUUUUCUACGUUUUCGGUGCAGUAGGAGCUAUUUGGUGCAUAGCUUUUCUUAUUUGGAUCAAGGAAGAUCCAGAAUCCAAUAGGAAAAUGGACCCUUUGGAGCGGGAAUAUAUUCAGAAGUCUCUUGGAACGAUUGUAGGAUCAACUAAAUCACCACCAACUCCAUGGUUAGAAAUAGCAAAAUCUUUACCAUUCUGGGCUAUAUUGUUAGCCCACAUGGGCUACAAUUAUGGUUACGAGACCCUGAUGACUGAGCUGCCGACUUACAUGAAGCAAGUUCUACAUUUCAGUAUUAAAGACAAUGGAUUCCUUUCCGCAUUACCUUACCUGGCUAUGUGGUUGUUUUCUAUCCUCGUAAGUCAGGUGGCUGAUUGGAUGUUGACCAAGCCAUACUUCACCACUACCAAAGUUAGGAAAAUUUUAAACGGAAUCGGUCAGUUUGGUCCAGCAGUAGCUCUAUUCGCAGUAGCUUUCACUGGUUGCGAUAAAUGGCUCUCAGUUUCCCUCCUCACUGUUGGUGUUGGCUUGAAUGGUGGUACCAAUUCAGGUUUCAGAGUGAACCAUUUGGAUAUUUCACCACAAUUUGCUGGGAUUCUCAUGUCGUUUACCAACUGUAUGGCUAAUAUUGUCGGUCUGAUGGCUCCCAUUUAUGCCGGUUUUAUGAUUAAAGGCGCACCCAGUAUUGCCAAAUGGAGGACAGUUUUUAUUACAGCUUCAGCUGUGUACGCUUUUUGCUGUACAUUCUAUUUGAUUUUUGCCUCAGGAGAAAGACAGCCAUGGGACCGACCUCAAGAGGAAGAAAAAGACAAAGAACAAAAAGAGCCGAUGGUGGCAUAA